GAUUGAGCCAGUACGUUCCUCGACAGUCGCCGCAGCGCACAGCGAUGUUCCGGUCUACCUCACCUCGACUCGCAUUGAUAUCUCAUCAGUUUUCUACCUCUUGAUUGAGCAACUUCUCGAUAUCUUCGCGAAGCGUCUCGCUUGGUUGUCUGCUUGCACCGUGCUCCACAAUCUCGCGCGUCCAAGAUCCAUCUCCACGCCUGUUCCUCGCCUUCAAGCUUCAGCGACCGCAACGACUAGAGGCCGACGGCCAGCUUGACGCGAGACCAUGUACAUCCGCGUCUCUCUUCUCCUCUUUCUGCUCGAAAACGUCGCUCCUUCAGAUGCUAAUUUAUUCACACGGGGAUCCGACACCAUACUGCGCACCGCCAGCCGCGUACGCCACAAUGCGGUCAAACGAAGUACUGGCCUCAUGCGCGACCUGCGUACGGCAUACCACGGGGUACUCGUUGAUCAAACCGACAGCGGUUCAGGCGGCACGUACUGCAUCAACGUGCUAUCUAACGAGUCCACGUUAAAUGGAGGGAGUGGGAGCGGCUCGUCCAGUGGUGGCAUUAGUGGUGGCGUUGGCGGUUCCGCGGUAGCGUCGGGUACCUCUGCGGCAGUUCCUUCUGCGAGUAGCUCCGCAGAGGCGUCUUCACCUUGGAAGCUGCAACAGAGCUACGAAGGGAACACUUUUUUCGGCGGAUGGGCGUUCUUCACCUAUACGGAUCCGACAGCUGGUGUCGUUGACUAUGUCAACGGGGAUGCUGCGGAAACGAGUAACCUCACGGGAGUCAAUAGUGCCGGCAAUGCCUACCUCAAGGUAGAGACGACACCAGUGGUUACCGGAUAUCGCAAAAGCGUGCGGAUCACUACCGACUUCACGUAUACGAAGGCUCUGGUCGUCCUCGAUGCUGUGCACUUGCCGACCGGCUGCGGCACUUGGCCCGCGUUCUGGUCAAAUGGUCCGAAUUGGCCUGAUGGCGGCGAGAUCGAUAUUGUCGAGGGCGUGAAUGAUUACACGAAUGACCAAGUCACGCUCCAUACCAACACUGGCUGCUCGCUGCCCACCAACAACACUGCCCAACUCGACAUCACGGGUACCCUCGUCAGCGGGACUGACUGCUCCGUCUCGGGCACGGGCGACUCGGGGUGCGGAGUGCGCGCGACCCAGACCGACUCGUUCGGUGCGCCGUUCAACGCGGUCGGUGGUGGGGUCUAUGCGAUGAACUGGGACGAUGCAGGCAUCACCGUACACUUCUUCAACCGCAGCGCGAUCCCAGCGGAUAUCACCACGGGCGCUCCCCAGCCAACGAGCUGGGGCACGCCCAUCGCCAACUUCCCCUCCUCCUCGUGCAACUCGACGGAGUUCUUCUAUGACCAUUCGGCAAUCUUUGACACUACGCUCUGUGGAGACUGGGCAGGCGACGGCUGGAACUCGACCGGUGCACCUGGGCAGGAACAGAGCUGUGCACAGCGGACGGGCCUGGCGACAUGCGAGGAGUUCGUGGCGAAUAACGGUGCCGCAUUCGAGGAAGCCUACUGGGAGAUAAAGAGCGUGAAAAUCUACCAGACGAGCUGAUCGGAUGAGAUCAACGACGAUGUAUAGAUAUCCUAGCAUUUGUGAUAGGGUUUCCGUGCUGGUAACGAGCCCAAUGGUGGAUAGAUGUCGCAUACUAGCAGUCAAUAUAUAGAGUCAGAAUGUAUCGAACAACAUCUUUUUGCGUACUACACAUUGCAAUGCGUUGGAUUUAUAUUGACAAGGAAACAACAUGUCUAGCAUUGACCAUGAACUUCGCUC